GGGCUGAUUUCAGCGCCGUCAUUUAGUGCCAUGCUAAUGUUGCGGGUCCGCAUAUUAGGCCAACGGCCGUCACAAGUGGUGGUAUAAGAAAGAAUCCAAUUCCCACGAGUCUCAGAGAUACUGAAUACACGACCGCAUCUCAAAGAUUUUCUGUCAGAUUCUCGCUCUUUAUUUCUCCCUGUUUUCAAAACACAGUUUCAACAUGACAAAUACCAACGGAAACCGAGGCUUGUGGCUUGCCUCUUUUGAGGAGCCUGCAAGGAUCAUUGAUCUACCCACCCCAACAGCUACUCCAGGCUCGGUGGUGGUUGAGAUUCUAGCAACAUUUAUUGUUCCUUAUACAAAUGCCAUCCAUGCCGGCAAACUUCCCCUACUGAAUCUUCAUCUCCCUUUGGUGCCACAUCCCACAUCUAUCGCCCGGGUUUAUUCAGUGGGACCGGACACCAUCCGCUUGACGAAAGGCGACCUGGUCUUUGUUGAUGCAACUGUCCGCGCACGAGAUGAUCCCAAUGUGGUAAUAAUGCAGGGUCACCAUGGUGGAGAAGGUAAACAGGGAGCCCGAUUGAUGCAAGGAGAAUGGCGCGACGGUUCUUUGCAGCGGUACCAGAAGGUGCCUCUAGAGAACUGUUACUCACUAGACGAACAACGCCUGUUUGGAAAGCUUAACUACGACGCGGCUGAUCUUGCAGCUAUCCCGCUCUACCAGGUCGCUGCUGGUGCUAUACUUGAAGCAAAGACAAUCCAAGCCGCAGAGACCGUUAUCAUCGGACCUUCCGGUGGCAGUUUUGGUGGUGCGGCCGUGGAGUUGGCAUUGGCCAUUGGUGCGAACGUGAUUGCCUUGGGGCGCAAUGAGAGCAAGCUCGAAGAGAUGAAACGUGCUUUGGGCAGCCCACCACAGUUCGACUACGUCGUAAUGUCGGGUGACUCGGAGAAGGACACUGCAGCCAUUCUUGAACGAACACCCAAUAGAGCGGGCGCGGAAGUCUACAACGACUGGACUCCGGGCAAUAUGGCCGAGCCACCCUACCUUCAAGCGGGUCUGCGCUCUCUGAAGACCGGUGGAACAGCUGUCCUCAGUGGAGGUGCAUCACAAAAUGGUCAGAUCCCUUAUGCAUAUAUGGUACACAAGAACUUGACCGUCAGUGGAAAGUGGAUGAGUAGCCCACAGACGCUUCAACAUGUUAUCACGUUGAUCACCCAGGGAGUCUUGAGAAUCGGAAGAAAUGGUGGAGCGAAGGUGGCUGUGUAUAACCUUGACGAUCAUCAUGAAGCCUUUAACAACGCAGAGAAGACAGGGGGUUGGAGGGAUUAUACCAUCAUCACACCGAACACUUCCAAGUAGCUUGUCUAAGCGACGUUGCGGUACUUUUCCGUAAGAAAUAGUUCAAUACUAGUUUUAAUAGAACGAUUAAAGCAAA